GAGCGGCUGCCCAAGAUGGCGGCGCCCAUCAACGCCCCCCAUCCCCCCUCCAUUGCAAGAUGGCAGCGCCCUGACAGGGGAGGGGCGGAGCCCGCGCCUCCGUCCCCGCCCCCCUGCGGGCCGGGCCGAGCCGAGCCGGGGCGGGGAGGGUGGGAAGGGAAAAGCGGGGACUCCCUCACACAGGCGCAAGAUGGCGGCUCCCAGGGCGGCGUGAACCCACCCCCCACUCCUUUUUCGCCCUCUGCCGUCCGGACCGCUCAAGGGGGGCCAUCAAUGGCCACUGCGGUGUCGCCUGCCACCCCCGGGGGGGCCUCCCCAGCCGACGGGACCUCUGGGGCUGCUCCCAGCCUGGGGCUGCUGCAGCCGCGCUGGAAGCGGGUGGUGGGCUGGUCUGGUCCUGUGCCGCGGCCCCGCCAUGGCCACCGCGCUGUGGCCAUCAAGGAGCUCAUCGUCGUCUUUGGUGGUGGCAACGAGGGCAUCGUGGAUGAGCUGCACGUCUAUAACACUGCCACCAACCAGUGGUUCAUCCCAGCUGUGCGGGGAGACAUCCCGCCAGGCUGUGCCGCCUACGGCUUUGUGUGCGAUGGCACCCGCCUGCUGGUCUUCGGUGGCAUGGUGGAGUAUGGCAAGUACAGCAACGACCUCUAUGAACUCCAGGCCAGCCGCUGGGAGUGGAAGAGGCUGAAGGCAAAGACCCCCAAGAAUGGGCCUCCACCCUGCCCCCGCCUGGGCCACAGCUUCUCACUGGUUGGCAACAAGUGCUACCUCUUUGGGGGGCUAGCCAAUGACAGUGAAGACCCCAAGAACAACAUCCCCAGGUACCUGAAUGACCUGUACUUGCUGGAACUGCGGGCAGGCUCAGGUGUGGUGGCCUGGGACAUCCCCAUCACGUAUGGGGUGUUGCCACCACCCCGUGAGUCCCACACAGCUGUGGUCUACACUGAGCGUGACACCCGCAAGUCCAAGCUUGUCAUCUAUGGUGGCAUGAGUGGCUGCCGCCUUGGCGACCUCUGGACCCUUGAUAUUGAGACCCUGACAUGGAACAAGCCCAGCCUGAGUGGAGUAGCACCCCUGCCCCGCAGCCUGCAUUCUGCCACCACCAUUGGCAAUAAAUUCGAUGGCAUGGGAGUCUAUCUUAAUGGACACGCUGGAGGACAACAUCCCACGAGCACGGGCUGGACACUGUGCUGUGGCCAUCAACACACGCCUCUACAUCUGGAGUGGGCGCCUGCCCCUGCCCCCGUGCCCUCGGUGCCCGCCAACCCACCCAAGAGCCCUGCGCCUGCUGCCGCUGCACCUGUUGCCCCUACGCCUGCUGCUGCUGCUCCACCCCUGGCCCAGGUGGGCAUUACUCUGCUGCCCCCAGCCACUGCUGCACCUGCUCCUGCCACCACCGCCCUGCAGGUGCUGCCUGCCAGUGCUGCCCUGCCUGUUGCCUCCAGCCCCCGCACACAGGGUGUGCCAACAGUGCUGAAAGUGCCGGGCCCGCAGGCCUCACCAGGGCCCCCACUGGUGACAGUGCGCUCAGCCGGGCAGGUUGGCAAGGCUCCAGUCGCCGUCACCUCACUGCCUGCUGGUGUGCGCAUGGUAGUGCCCACCCAGACUGCCCAGGGCACGGUGAUUGGGAGCAGCCCCCAGAUGAGUGGUAUGGCGGCACUGGCGGCAGCAGCGGCUGCCACACAGAAGAUCCCGCCAGCCUCGGCACCCACGGUGCUCAGUGUCCCAGCUGGCACCACCAUCGUCAAGACUGUGGCUGUGUCCCCUGGUACCACCUCGUUGCCUGCCACCGUCAAGGUUGCCUCCUCACCUGUCAUGGUGAGCAACCCAGCGACACGGAUGCUGAAGACAGCAGCGGCUCAGGUGGGCACGUCGGCCUCGGUGGUCACAUCAGCAACACCCACACGGCCCAUCAUCACUGUGCACAAAUCAGGCACUGUCACUGUGGCACAGCAGGCCCAAGUCAUGACCACCGUGGUGGGUGGUGUCACCAAGACCAUCACUCUUGUCAAGAGCCCCAUCUCCGUGCCUGGUGGCAGUGCCCUGAUCUCCAACCUGGGGAAGGUGAUGUCAGUGGUGCAGACAAAGCCGGUGCAGAGCUCUGCGGUGACCGGGCAGGCGUCUAGUGGGCCUGUCACGCAGAUCAUCCAGACAAAGGGUCCACUGCCAGCAGGCACGAUUCUGAAGCUGGUGACAUCAGCGGAUGGGAAGCCCACAACCAUCCUGACGACAACACAGGCAGGCGGCAGCACAGCCAAGCCCACUAUCCUGGGCAUCAGCAGCGUCUCACCUAGCACCACCAAGCCCGGCACCACCACCAUCAUCAAGACUAUCCCCAUGUCAGCCAUCAUCACCCAGUCCGGCGCUACCGGUGUGACGAGCAGUCCCGGCAUCAAGUCCCCCAUCACCAUCAUCACCACCAAAGUCAUGACCUCGGGUACUGGCACCCCUGCCAAGAUCAUCACAGCAGUGCCCAAGCUGGCCACAGGCCAUGGGCAGCAAGGGGUCACACAGGUGGUACUGAAAGGGGCGCCAGGGCAGCCGGGCACAAUCCUGAGGACAGUGCCCAUGGGAGGGGUGCGCCUUGUCACCCCCGUCACCGUCUCAGCUGUGAAGCCCACCGUCACCACGUUGGUCGUCAAGGGAACCACAGGGGUGACGACACUGGGCACGGUGACAGGGACAGUGUCGACCAGCCUAGCAGGAGCAGGUGGACACAGUGCCAAUGCCUCGCUGGCCACACCCAUAACUACACUGGGCACCAUCGCCACGCUCAGCAGCCAGGUGCUCAACCCUGCUGCCAUCACUGUUUCAGCUGCCCAGACCACUAUGGCACCUGCUGCAGGCCUAGCCACGCCCACCAUCACCAUGCAGCCUGUGUCACAGCCCACCCAGGUGACGCUGAUCACGACACCCAGUGGUGUGGAGGCACAGCCUGUCCAUGAUCUGCCUGUGUCCAUCCUGGCCUCACCUACAGCUGAGCAGCCAGCAGCUGCUGUGAGUCUGGCGGAACCAAGCCCCAGUGACCCCAGCCCAGGCACUGUGACCCUGGUGUGCUCAAACCCACCCUGCGAGACGCAUGAGACGGGCACCACGCCCACAGCCACCACAGUGCUGAGUGCUGGAGCCCGGCCCUGCGCCAACCCCCCAUGUGAGACGCAUGAGACAGGCACCACGCCCACGCCCACAGCUGCCAACCCACCCUGCCACACUCGCCACACCAGCGCCACGGGCACCACCAUGACAGCCAUUGCUGGCAGCAGCACCGGGCAGCACUUGGGUGCCAACCCUCCGUGUGAGAUGCACAAGACCAGCCUCACCAACAUAGCCACAGCAGCCACCAAUGAGCAAUUGUGCACCAACCCCCCGUUCGAAACAGGCAGUAUCAACACAGCCACAAUGGCCACAGCUGGGCGAUUAUGUACCAACCCCCCGUAUAAGGUGCAUGAGUCUGACACCCCCAGCAUGGCCAUGACUGCCACGGCUGGGCAGCGAUUGUGCUUCAACCCCCCAUGUGAGACGGGCGUCACCAGUACAGCCAUGGUUGGGCAGCGCUUGUGCAGCAAUCCCCCGUGCGAGAUGCAUGAGACGGGAACCACUAGCACAGCCCCAACAGCCACAGCUGGGCAGCGAUUGUUUUCCAACCCCCCAUGUGAGACAGGCACCAUCAACACAGCCAUGGCCAGGCAACGGUUGUGCACCAACCCGCCCUGCGAGAUGCACGAGACAGGCACCACCAACACGGCUACAACAGCUACAGCUGGGCAGAGAUUGUGCUCCAAACCUCCAUGUGAGACGCACGAGACGGGUACCACCAACACGGCCACAACGGCCCGGUCACAUAUGGGCCGGGGGCCGGGGGUGCCACCCACUCCCCCAUGCCACACGCAGCAGACCAGUUCCACAGGUACCACUAUGUCAGUGCGAGCAGGGGAGGGACAGCAAUCGCGUGCUGGGUGGCUGGCUCAAGCCCCACCCCCUCGCACAGCCCCGACCCCUCCCACAGUGCCUGAGAGCCAACCUCACCCAACCCCAGACACUCAUGUACUGCCGUGGGCAUGUGGAGACCCCCCAUGUGAAACCCAUAAAACAGGUACCACCAACACGGCCACAGUGGCCAUGGCUGGGCAGCGAGCGUGCACAAGUCCCAAAUGCGAGACACAUGAGAGGGGCACCACCAACACAGCCACAACGGCUGUGGCUGGACAGUACUUGUGCUCCAGUUCCUCGUGUGAAACAAGUAGUACUAACGUGGCUAUGAGAGCAACAGCCAGGCAGCAAGCGUGCACAAAACCCCCAUGUGAGAUGCAUGAGACCAGUGCGACCCAUACAGCUGUGACAGUCACAGCCAGCCAACGACUGUGCUCCAAUCCCCCAUGCGAGACGCAUGAGACUGGCACCACCAGCACAGCCACGACGGCCACUGCUGGACAGCGACUGUGCUCCAAUCCCCCAUGUGAGAUGCAUGAGACCGGCACCACCAGCACAACCACAACAGCCACAGCUGGGCAACGAUUAUGCUCUAAUCCCCGAUCCGAAACAGGAGCCACCACAACUCUGGCUGGACAGCGCUUGUGCUCCAACCCACCAUGUGAGAUGCAUGAGACGGGCACCACCAAUACAGCCACUACUGCCACGGCCAACAUGGGAGGGGGGCAUGGGCAGGGGCAAGAGCCAGAUGGUGCCACAGACCCAUGUGACCCGCAGCCUGCAGGCACUGCAACGCCAGCUGAGGCAGCUGCCACCCACCCCCUGGGGGAGCCCCCAGCUGCCGCCACUGCCCCCCCCAGCUCCCUCCACACCUGCUCCAACCCACCCUGCGAGACCCAUGAGACAGGCACCACCCACACGGCCACCACUGUGACUGCCAGGGCCUUCAAUGUUUCUCCUAACCCCGCAGACCAGCCACCUGCUGCCAACGGGCAGGGAGAACCAGAGACCACACAGGCUGAAGGCAGUGCUGCAGCUCCCAGCAGCAGCGCCAGCCCUGGGCCCAGCUUGGCCCAGCCUCGUGCUGUCACCACUGUCACCCAGUCCACACCUGCACCUGGCCCUGCCGUCCCAACCAUCUCAUCGCUGACAGAGCCACCAGCUGAGGACGAGCCUGAGGCAGCACCUGCGGCCGAGCCGCCAGUGCCCCCUGGCCCCGAGCCAGCCUCCUCUGAGCCCCCUGAACAACUGCAGCUAGCAGAGGAGCCCCCAGCAUCCCCCACACCACCUGCUGUGCAUGAGCUGCCGCCUCCUGAGCUAGCCCCCACUGUCCCUGAGGAGCCACCGUUGCCAGCCACUGGCCCCAUCCCAGACCCAGUGGCUGUGGUGGUGAUGCCGGAGGGUCCUACUAGUGGCCCUCCAGCACCCCAACCUGAGGUGGAGCCCCUGGGCCUGCCCCAGGAGCUGAUGGCUGAAGGGCAGGCGGGUGCUGCUACCACCCUUAUGGUGACAGGGCUGACACCUGAGGAGCUGGCUGUGACAGCAGCGGCUGAGGCAGCUGCCCAGGCCGCAGCCACUGAAGAGGCCCAGGCCCUGGCCAUUCAGGCUGUGCUGCAGGCUGCCCAGCAGGCUGUCAUGGGAGCCGGGGAGCCACUGGAUGCAGCAGAAGCGGGCACAGGGCCAGCCGAGCUGGGGGCGCUGGGGGCUGAGGGGCCGGAGGGGCCUCCUGCCACCAUCCCUAUAGUGCUGACACAGCAGGAGUUGGCAGCAUUAGUACAGCAGCAGCAGCAGCUGCAGGAGGCACAGGCAGUGGCAGCUGCAUCCCAGGCACAGCAUGGCACUGCCCUGCACCUGCCUACUGAGGCACUGGCACCUGCUGACAGCCUCAAUGACCCAGCCAGUGAGAGCAAUGGGCUGGCUGAACUGCCAGGCCCUGCUGGACCCCCCCCUGGCCUGCCCCCCCCACCCCCUGACAGCCUAGCACCCUCCAGCACAUUCGUGGCACCACAGCCUGUAGUGGGCCCCAGCCCAGCCAAGCUGCAGGCAGCUGCUGCUCUGGCUGAGGUGGCCAAUGGCAUUGAGCCUGCCCCUGUGAAGCCAGACCCAUCCGUGCCGCCCCCCAAGGCGCUGGUGAAGAAGGAGAACCAGUGGUUUGAUGUGGGCGUGGUCAAGGGGACAAACAUGAUGGUGACACACUACUUCCUGCCCCCUGAUGAUGCACCUCCCACAGAUGAUGACUCUGGCACAAUCCCUGAUUACUCACAGCUGAAAAAACAGGAGCUGCAGCCAGGCACAGCGUAUAAGUUCCGUGUGGCUGGGAUCAAUGCUUGUGGCCGGGGACCCUUCUCGGAGAUCUCAGCCUUCAAGACCUGCCUUCCUGGCUUUCCUGGCGCCCCCUGUGCCAUCAAGAUCAGCAAGGUGUGUGUGUGCCUGUCCCAUCCCACCCCCCCACGCACACGGGAAGGACAGGCAGAUAUGCGCAGUGACUGCCCUUGGAGGUCCUGGGAAGAGAAGUGGGCGCAGGCCUGGCAGCACCAGACACUGAGGGUGGGGGCCCACUGGGUCCUGUGUGUCUGUGUCUCAAUGGCCUAGAAUCCUAUGUGCAUGUCUAGGCCUACGCCCCAAGGCGUGGGGGGAGGGUUGCUGGGCUGUGUGUGUGUGCACACGCACACAUGAACAACUAGUGUCCCGUGGCUGGGGGGGCACAGUGGCAGCCAGCGGGGAUCACG